AUGGCUUUUGUUGCGGAUCAAUUCUUCUCUGAUAUGGAUGCGACAAGCUCCAAUGAAUGGGUUGACUUCGAUCAAUUCCUCGAUCUCCCUUCUGGCUACGACGACCAGUCGACUGCCACCACCGUGUCACCUCAGGACCUAGCCCUGCCUUAUGAGGCAGAUGGGAUCUUCACCUCCCCAUCUGAUUUCAUGCAAUCCUCCUUCGACAUGACCAACUAUGAUCUCCCACAAGAAGAGUUCAUGGGAAUGGAUGGAGGUUUCAUGCAGGACCCCGCUGCUCCUUUGUUCGAUGAUGCUGCGUUCUUGGGGUACAACCCAUAUGACAGCAGCAACACAUUCCGGAAUCUGGUCGAGGCGCAGGCCGCCGCUGACCCGCGCGUUGCUACUAUCAAGGAGAAGCGCCGCGAGGCAGCGAUUGCGCUGCACCUGCAGCGCCUUUGCGAUGCCACUGCUCUUGACUUGGAUAUGUCGUCGGACUCCAACACCAGCUUCUCAUCCCCAAGCUGGUCAGAUUAUGUUGGCGGGAGCAUCUCUCCACGCCCUAGCCCAGAGAACACGUCUGUCUCCGAGGCACCCCCUCCAGGAGGCAUGGAGAUGGUUCUUGACUUGAACAUGAAUGCCGCAGCAAAUGUGCCUAAGAAGCAGAAGCCUCGCUCCCAGGCACAGAAGGAGAACUACAUCAAGGCUCGGAAGUAUGGCGCUUGUGAGAAGCACAAGAAGCAGCACAAGCGGUGCAACUGCCUGGAGAAGGCUGCUGCUCGUGCCGCUGCCAGCGAUGUUCCUAUGAACGCCGCACUCCAAGAAAGGCCGAGGCUACCGAUGCUCCAAGUGCCGGUUCCAGAGGCGCGCUACUCGGACUCGCCGGGUCACGAAACAUCAUUCAACUCACCUCAUGCACUUCCAACCGUCAAGGCGACCAGGCAACCAACAAGCAGCUCAUCUUGGCUCGAUCCAUCUAUGGGACUGCCUGUCGCAGUACCAAUCACCAAGCAGAUUAUCAGGACGAAAACUCAAAAGAGUACGCCGCCGGGACACGACAUUAUUCUGCUAUCUGGCAAGCCAGAUUCCAACAGCACGUCAAGUCAAGACAGCGCUCUACUAUCGAGCAGAAACACCGCGAAGUGCCAGGCUGCAGGACACGAAAUACUCCUAUCUGGCAAGAACAUCGCAAACAACUCAUCCGCAGGACACGAGAGACUCUUCACCCAAGAGAGGAUGUCAAAGAACACAGGAAGUGGGCAACCCCACGGUCCAUGCUGUUCAAGCGCACCUCGACCGGUUCACGCAGCUGGGCUGCCGUCUGGCAGCUCGAGCUUGCGCUGGCGUGUUUCAACCUCGUCGGUUGGUGUUGUACGUUCAGAGAGGACCGACGUCAAUAUGACAUCCUCGGCGAACCAUCAAACUACUGGCGUCCGUCACACUCCAGGUCUGGAUGUACACCGAACAAGGUCUACCCGCACGAUGGAAAGUUUCGUGGUGCCAGGCACUGUUGCUGGCAACCUUGGAAUGCGCCAUUCCACGUCGCUUGUACGCAACUCUGGGAUCCAGGUACCUGGACCGGAUCACAAGAGAGUUUCAAAUGGUCUUGCCAAGCAACUCGCAAUACUCUCUGGCUUGCAGUCAGUGCCAAAGGAUCUAUUGGUCUCGCCGGCUCGGCGUGGAUCACCAGAUCUCUUUGGAAACGGAUCACCGGAUAACCUCGAGAUUCGGUCACUGCUCAUCAGCGGAAAAGGUCUCCUUGUUCGGCCCGUUGCUGAAAGUGUUGGUCACCUGCUUUCCAGUACUGCCUUGGCAUUUUCUGGUGCCUGGCAAUCAUCGCUGUCUCUGGCCUCUGGGUUGGAGGGCGUGGUCUACAAAGGUCUAUCUCUGUUUGGCCGACACAUUGCGUCUGCGAAGAAGGGAUUAUAUCUGGGUGGACUGCGGAGCGCUUGGUGCCUGUGACUGACCCGCUUGUUCUCGAAUUAACCGGAUCGCGCUCCGCACUGGAUGGAUAAAGUUUUGAUAAUUGGCUGAGCUGGUUCUGAACAAUACUUAAUUGCAACGGGCAUGCAUAGGUGGCAUCUUUUGUCACAUUACAAUGGUCUCUGAUGAUGAAAUUAAGAAG